GUGAGUGGGUGUUUGCAGGAGAGAGCGAGCGAGAGGGGAUGGGUGCAGGCCAGGGCGGGGUGAGGUUGCUCCGAAUUCGGGAGAAGAUAGAGGGGAUGUCGGAUUAUUUUCCUCCCAGGGAAAUGUCGGCCGCUGGGGGGAUAAAGUCUUCCGACGGGCAAAUAUAUAUUUCAUAACCGCAGAGGCAACUCCAGAAAAAAAAAAGGAGAGAAACAUGACGUGGAGCCCAAAUUUAUAUCGGCCAUGGGCGUUCACUCAGGUGCUCGCCAACUCCCUUCGAGUCACCCAUGGGAAUGACGGACGUUCGUCGUCGCGCCGCCUUCCCUUCACCUGGGACCCAAUUGCCACUUAUUUAAAAGUAGAUUAUUAUUUGUGCUUAUAAAGCACAGUUAUAGAGAGUGAUUACUUCGUGAAAUAUAUUUGAAUUGUGAGUUUAUAAUAACAGAAAGGAUAUUUUGCCGCGUACGCAGGUAUAUCCCGAGACGAAAAUAAUCGUGAAUUGGGCGUGGCAACCUUCCCCCCGUGAUAGGCUCCGCCCUGAACUUGAGUUUGUGGUGUUAGUGUUGUUGUGGAGAGUCAGCUGUUCGAAGGCCGUCGUUGUGGCAGGACGUCGUCGUCCCCCCUAUUAGUUGUUUCGUUUCUUUGCGCCGUUGCUCGAAUGCCUGCCGCCUCUACUCGGCCACCUAUACUUCUUACUGUGUUGUUUUGCCCUGUGUUCUUGUGUUGACACCCGACGUGGACCACGCGGCGCGGCCGGAGAGACAUUUGCCGAACAGUCCUGCUGAAGGGGGAGACGAAUAAAAGAAUAAAACCAGUCGUAGACGAUGUUAUAAGCGAAGAAUCAAAUCGCAUUUACGUCCCUCCCGCGAAUCUCUCUCAUCUCGUAACGAGAAGAAGAAGAAGGAGACGGAAGACGUCAACGACUGCGAAUGACGGACGUCGUGGAACUUGAUCUCGGUCGUCCUACCGUCGUGUGAAAAAUCACCAUGACUGACAGUCGUAGUCGUCUUAAUCGUUCGUUGAUUUAGAGAUUUCGCAAAGCGACGCCGCCAUGGCCAGCAGUCAGCAGCAGCAGCAGCAGCCAGUCAAAGCAGCAGGGGAGGACGAGACAGAUGACACUGCUGAUGACAAUGGAUCCAUGGACGUCUCCGCCGCCGCUUCUACUGACGAAGGGAUCGGCAGUUGCAGCAGGAGGAGCACCCUCGUGGAGGAGGAGGAGACCAUCUCCACUAUCACCACCAGGUCGUCCUCCAACGCCGGCAGUGAACGGGACGCCACUGACGCGGAUUCCCUCGACAUCGGGGAUGUCAAUGGCAACUCGACCAAAGGCGUGUCGACUCGCCCGCUUUCCGAAGCGCUGACGGACGCCGGCCGCUUCGCGUACUGCGGGCUGGUGACGUCGGCGCUGUGUCACCUGUUCACGGACGAAACUCCGGCGGACACGGACUUCGCUCUGAGCACCUUGAACAGACUGGCCCGUCACCUGGACUUACCUGCACAGGGUGCUACGACGCCAGGAUCAGGGUGCUGAUCACUCACGUCACCUGCCUGCUGCAGGUGAGUGUCGACCUCCUGGAGAUGUACGAGGAGUCUGUCUUGGAAUAUCUCACCAUGGAACACGUCCCCCCCUCCGAAGAAGAGGAACUGGAGAAAUCGAAACGUAACCGCUACAAGAAAAUCAGGCGUUACACGGCCAUUGGUCUGGCUACCCUGGGAGGGGGAGCCGUCCUAGGGUUGACUGGUGGCCUGGCGGCCCCCUUCAUUGGUGCUGGCAUAGGAACAAUCAUUGGGGCAGGUGGAGCCGCUGCAAUAUCUUCAACAGCUGGAAUAGCUGUUGUAGGGUCUAUGUUUGGUGUAGCUGGUGCUGGACUUACAGGGUUUAAAAUGCAGAAACGCAUUGGUGAUAUAGAAGAGUUUGCCUUCGAAAGCUUGUCCGAAGGAAGCCACUUGCACAUAACCAUAGCCAUCAGUGGAUGGCUGACCAAAGAGGACCCUGCUGAGUUUAUGGAGCCCUGGAGGACUCUGUAUCAUUCUCGAGAACAGUAUGUUCUUCGUUAUGAGUCUACCUAUUUACUCGAGUUGGGCCAAGCCAUGGACUACCUCCUACAGUUUGCUCUUUCAAUGGCUGUUCAGGAAACACUCAAGUACACUAUCCUUGCUGGAAUCAUAUCUGCCAUCACAUGGCCAACGUCCCUCCUCACGCUGGCCUCGAUUAUCGACAAUCCCUGGGGCGUUUGCUGCCGUAGGUCUGCGGAGGUUGGCAGACAGCUGGCAGAGGUCCUGGUGCAAAGGCAACAUGGCAAGAGACCCGUCACUUUGAUAGGCUUCUCCCUUGGAGCUCGAGUUAUAUAUUACUGCCUCGAGGAACUGGUAAAACGGAAGGGAAGUGCAGGAAUCGUACAGGAUGCUAUAUUUCUUGGGGCACCAGUACCCGGGCAUGGGAAAGAAUGGAAGGAAUUUCGUCAUGUGGUAUCGGGACGUAUCAUCAACGGUUACUGCUCCGGGGACUGGCUGCUCCGUUUCCUCUACAGAUCAUCCACUGGCACAAUGCGCAUUGCUGGGCUGUCACCUGUUGACUGGCAGGAUAGGAGGAUGUUCAAUUUUGACCUCUCUGACAUUGUAGCUGGUCACAUGGACUACGCCAAAAAAAUGGAUGUGAUUCUGCGGCUGUUGGGUAUCAGGACUCGAGACCCAGUCAAGGACCUAGAUCCAAGGGUAAAGAAAAGUGCUUCCGAUUAUCCAGGGUUUAUGUCUAUGCAUGGGAAAAUGGAGAAACCUGGCAUUCGAACUUCCACCUCUGAUAGUUUCCUCCUCUGUGGACGAGAUGCUCCUCUGACUCGUUCAUAUUCUACAGACGACAUCCUCAUGGCUGCUUGUGAUGACGAACUUAGUAAGAUGGUUUCCGAAGAAACUAAAAGUAGAGCUCGAUCUUCUUCUGAUAUUAUGCAUAAGAGUAUGGCAGAUGUUGGACGUCAGGGAUCAGUGUUGCAACACACUAUGAAGACCAGAGAAUCUUUAGAAGCACUGAAUUGCUGUGCACAUUUAAGCGAAAGGGAACAAGAGAGUAGAGACACCUUGAGAUCGAAAACUUUCUUUGGUGACUUUUUUUCCAAGAAGCCAACAGCACCAGCCAUAAGCAAGGAACAACCCAAAACACAACAGGUAUUUGCUCAAGAAAGAUUCAAGCGAAGAACUGUUUCUUCUAGUAAUCUUUUCCUCCCAAGAACUAGCUCUGUUGGGAAGAGAGAAUUUCUCCGUUCAAGCUCUCAGGACCAGUCUAAGGGCUCCUUUUUCCAAUUCUUCUCCCGGAAGCAAGAACCGAUAGAUGAAGAUCCAUAAGGACGGACUUUCAUAGAGAAUGACUGAUAGCUUCCAUUCAUCAAGGAACUGAUGAAAUAGUUUUGAUAGUGUGGCUGUAUAUUGCUCUAAUGAAAAACUCCAGAACUCUAUACUUCAACAAAUACAGUAACAAUAUUGCAAAGAUUUCCCCUAGGUAAAAGGGUUGUGAAGGAGAAAAAUUAAAAUCACUGAAAUCAUACGAUAGCUUUUGUACUCAGUCUUAGGUCUUCUGAGACUAAGAGAUUACCAUGAAGUCAGGGACAUUAUAUCAGAGAUACAGCAAUAUUUUCUUAAUUGUGCGUAUCAUGUUUACAGUGAUAUAUCCUAUAUGAACAGUAUAAAGACUAUAUUUGUAUAUGAUAGAAUAUUUAUGUAAUCAAAUGUUAUUAUACGAAUACAAUCUUUUAUAAUGUAAAUCUUUAGUAACUCUCGAGCAACAUAUGAUUCGUUUUCCAGUUGUUUGUACAGUUAUAUAAUAAGUUCCUUAAAGGUUGCGUAAAAGGGACCUCUUUUCCGAUUGUUGUACCGUUUGAUAUAUAUUUAUAAUGUUUAUGGUUAUUAGUGGCCAAAGAUUUUCUUUCAAUAGAAGGUGCUCACUUGAGAGCUCAAACACCCUUUGAGCUCUGAUUGCCAAUCGGUUAUGAACCAUUAAGAUAGAGUAUUGUUAUAUAUGCUAUAGAAUAGCAGAUAGUGAUACAAACUUAUGCCCAACUGUAAUGCAUGAUACAUCGUAGUGUAUCAGUUGUAUGUUGCAAAACAUUUGCCUUGCCUAGAGAGAGCUUAGCACGCAUACGCUGUAGUCCAUAAGAAGCACAAGUACUACAUGUAAACAUUAAAGAUGUCUCUAUAUCCAUGAAGGUAGCAUGCCUCUAUCCAGACUCUGUUGCGUGACAUAUGAAACACUGAUACAGGACUUCUUUAACCCAUCCUUAGCUAGCUAGUAGUAGACAAAUAGAUGGUUAAACUAGUUCCUACUCGUGCUGUAAUUUAACGUCCAGCGGCCGUGGUUGUUACCGUCAAAUCUAGCUCACUGCACAUUUAUAGUAUGAUUUUGUAGAUUUUUGCGUCCAGAAUUCAAUGGUCAGGGACACUGUGAUAAGUAGCAGAAUCACCAGUUGCUACAAAUUUUGUACCAUUGGAUGUCCUUUCAUGUUACUAGAUAUCAUUUGUGAGUUUUCCUUAUUCUAGUAGUAUUUAAUUUUACAUUUUUACUAGUGAAUGGCAGACCAAUAGAUGCACUGCUUGAUGAGUGCCUCAUCAUGAUUUGAUCCACUUCAAAUAAUUACCACCAUCUUUCUGAGCCUGCUUUUUCAGAUGUGUUCAUAUACUUUAAUUUGUUUAAUACAGUGAUUCAUUUAAAUACAACAUUUACUUGAUAGUUGGUCAUAGUAAUCAAUGUGAAUUUUCAUACCAAAUAUUAGAGGCCACAAUUAGUGCCCAACUUUUUCAUGAUUACUAAAGUGGAGUGGUUGCCAUUCAUAGGUAGUUUAUUGUUACUAUAAUUGAAUUAUAGGUUGUUUUUAGCAAUGAUAAAUCUUUGCCAGAUAAGCACUACCUUUUACAGUUCCCAGGCUAUGAUUUCACAAUUGGAAUAAUAUUAUGUAUUUUAUAUAUUUCAGCAGGUACGACAAUGUGAAGCAUCCAGAAAAAAACCAAAAAGGGAGUUGUUGUGUGAGGCAGAUAGAAAACAGUGAGCUUGAUUUUCCACUUAAAAUACCCAUAUAACUCACUCGUACCCCACCCUUUUUACAAACUUUAUGCUAAUGGAUAAAUACAUCAAAUGCACAGUUGUACUAAGGAUUACUGUAUUAUUGUUACUACUAAUUAUAAUCUACUAGAAGCAUGUUGAUAGUGAAAAGCAACACUAAGAUCAAAUGUCAUUGAGCUUUGACUACCUCUAAUUUUUCCUUGGGUAUAUAAACCUCUGAAUAAGAUUAAUAUAAAGGAAAUUACAGUAAUCAUUUGGUCGCCAAAACAAUGAUACUGAGACAGUUUUACUAGUGUCUGUGCUUAGUAAUUAAUGUCAUCAGUAACAAAAAAUAUACAGUAGUAUUUCAUUAUAUUGGGGUGGAAUGUGCAGCUAUAAGCCUGGCACUAUAAUUUGAGGCCCCAUCUUUUACUACUGGUAUGAGUCAAAGCCAUCAGUAUUCAAGAGUGAAACUGUGGUUCUGUCUUAUCUGUAGAUUGCCUUUUUAACCAAAAUAACUGUAUACAGUACUUCUUCCAUGAAAGUCCUUUUAUCUUUCCUUAAUUGGUUUGGUGUCAUAAGACAAGCAGACAGUAAAUAAUCCUUUGAAUUUUUGUGAAAGGUGUUAGACUAACCAGAAAGGAUGCCAUCUUUACAUGAUGCAUUGUCAUAUGUACAGAAAACAGUACUGCAGAUAAAGAUUUACUAUAUGUUUUCAUUGUCCUCAUUACUGCAUACAACAAAAGAACUUUCAGCAUAGUACUAUGGCUGUGUGAAUUUUCAUGAACAAAGCCAAAAAUAUGUAUUUUCCAAUACAGAGGAAGUGAGUGUAGGAGUUUCUGUCCAUCUAUAGUAAAGAGAUCCUGUGCACAUUUUUUUAGUAAAAAUUUUAACAGUAUCAAAAUUAAUGAAGUAUAUUCUGACAAAAUCAUAGCUUGCUGGUGGAACAGGUAGUGUGAACAAGCACUUAGUGUCCUUAUAUUUGUAAGAUGCAAAAUGUUAAUUUUAUAAACUUAGGGUACAGUUUAUUUUUCUUUAGUAAUAACUUUAUGUUAUGCACACUUAGUGGAUUGCCAAUGAAUAAUAUUCACUUAUCGAAUCAUUAGGGUGCUUUUAAACCUGUUUAAAGAAGUCCGCUUUGAGGAACGUGUCUAUUUGAAGCGGAGGAAGUGUGUUAAGGGUUUUGUGAUUCAGCAAUGCUAUUUCAACUCAUCAGGAUGGUCAAACCCUUAGAAAUAGUCAUUCCAUAUUAUUACUGUACUAUUUUAGCCUGUAUUGCACCUAUAUUACCUUUCAAAGGUCCUUAGUUUUUUAGAAGGAAGAAAGACCUUACUUUUCCUUGUUUAUGUCUAGUUCUCCUCAAAAUAUCUUUGCAUUAGUUUUGAAUAGCUUGUAGUUGUGGUUUUGUUUUCAUGUAUGAUCACAUUUUAUUGUGAAUACGUACUGUUACAUUAUAAAUUUACUCAUGAGGUUUGUUCCCAAGUCCUACGAAUUUUACCAAAUGCACUUGAAUGGAUUAAGAUUUUACCUGAGAGAUACAAAGAAUAUUUUGCAUAUAAGAUUGUAGAUUAGUUGUACAUAGCAAACAUUGAAGUUGGUGUACAUAAGCAGAUGUGAGUUAUUAUUCAUUGUCCCUCCCACGCACUGGAGCCGGUUGACUAAAUGCCGUCGUAUGUACAAUUGUCUGUCUCUCAUCUUUAGUGGGUUAUACUUUGUGCUGUAGUCAAUGAGUACUUGUCAUCAUUUGCAUUCAAAACUGUACAUGCCUCUACAACAUAGGCCUAUUACUUGGGGAGGGGUAUAACCUUAGAGGGCUUAGGAGCACCGAGAGUUGAUGCCUGUUCGGAAUAGCUUGUAGUCUAGUUUCAUGGGACAUGUCACUAGUGUCAUGAGAAUUGUUGACUUGACAAUUUUAGAAGUGCCCACUCAAGGAGCAAAGUAGUAUCCCCUUAGAAUCUUGUAAUUAGCGGAAAGCUUUGUGUGGCGCGGUGAAAUUAGCACAAUCACUCAGCCCUUCACUAUUUAAGAGGUGGGAAGCAUAAUCACAUUGUAUCCAGGUAUUUUCCCCAGAUCAUCCCUCCAUAUCUGCCAUUUCAGUGAGUCCUCUUUUUUUAUUUUUUUGUGCAUAUUUCCCAGCACAUUAUUAGGUUAUGUUGUUUGAUACAGUACAUUAGGGUACAUUUCAGUAUCUGGGUUGCAGAGUAUUUUAUCAUUCCAGAGCACUUUGUUUUUUUGACGGUGUAGAUUUAUAAUAUAAAUUCAAGGAAAUGUAACGACUUGCAUGGAAGCUUAAGUCUUUGAGCUACCAAGUCCAGCUGAUUGGUUUCUGUGACUUGUAUGAAAAUGAUCAUGUUCUGGUUUCCAUGUUGUAGACCAUUUUUUGUGGUUUCAAACGAAUAUCAGACUAUUCUGUUAAUAACAAAAAUCUUUGUUCUCACCUCUCAAACAUGUGGAUAAGAUUCUUUAAAAUUAGUAAACUUGCUUGAAUGUAUGUAUGUAGAUCUUUUGAAAAGCUUAUUUCUGCUUUUAUUGCCCCACAACUUUUUUUGGUUUCUUUAGUUGAGUUUAGUUUCUUACAAUCUAGCUAUACACUUCAAGUUUUAAAUGUGUUAUAUUAUUUUUCCUCAUUUUUAUCUCUUCUUGUUGCAGAAUGAUUUGGACCUUUUGUAUGUUUAAAAAGAAAUUCAGCUAAGGAUGUGAUUAUAAGUGAAUAUGAAGUUAGAACCUAUACAAAGUAGCUCAUGUAUAACGUAGAAAUGUAUUUUAUAUUUGCAGAGAAUCUAAUGUAAUUGAGUACAAUAGGAAAGUGUCUACAGUUUGCUCUUUUGAAUGUUGUUGGCCUCUGUUAGACAAUAUUGAAGCUGUGUUUAGUAUCAUAGUUCAUCUCUCAUUACUAUCUAACUUAAAUACAACUGACAUUAGUUACUUGCGUGCUCAGAGAAGUGGACAUUUUUUGCACUUUGAAUGAUGUAAGGUACUUGUGAAUGGAGAAAUGUGUGACAUUUUUGUUUCUUGUAUUAUGAAUAUUGGGAGAACUACUUUGCUGUACUUUACUGCACUGUGCUGUAGAGUAAAGUGCAUAGUUUCUAACAUGAGGCUCUGAUCUACAACUGAUCGUUUUUGUCUUUGCAAGCCAAUGCUUAUGGCAGAAGUGUGUUUGUCAGUUGGUGUAGAAACUCUCUAAGGCUUGUUUCGGAGAGAAUUGAGUCAAUGCUCUUCACACCAUACCAUCAGAUAAAAAACAAAAGAUACUGUAGUCCUUUUUUUUUUUCUUGAUGCAGUAUCAUUUAUGUGGGGGAUUAUGCAGAGGUCCCAAUUUUUUUUAUUCAUCACAACCAAUUAACCUUGCCUUGGAAACUGAAGUUUCCUUAUGUUGUAUAUGGGCCUGAGAGAAACUACGCAGAAUUGGCAUUUGCACAUAAAGAUACCUUGAAGUAAACAGAUGUAGGUCUUUAUUCCUCUUUUGUAAAGUGUAUUCCUUGUGGUAUUAAUUUUUUUUAGAUUAAUUUUUAAGGUUGCUAAACUUUGUCAUGAGAAGACCGGAUCUUCAAAUUCUGAAGGAGGUUUACUGUUUAUUGACAAAAUUUUGUUUAUUUUUCACUAUGUCCUUUAUGAAAUUAGAGAGAUAUGAAUGGGAUAUCAUAAGUCUGGCAAGAUCAUAUUAAAGAGGAAUACCUUGUUAAUAAGUUAACCCUUUUUAAUAUGGUUUUACAAAUGAAACUUCUUUUCAGAGGUGUAGCAAUGAAAUCAAAUUUACUGUUGGAGACUUUAUUCCAAGACCUCUAUUUUUUAUAAUAAAGUAUUGUUGUGCGUCUUUGGUCAAACUGACUCUCCAUUUAAAGAAGUGCAAAGAAAAGAGGUUGUUGUGUACUAUUCCCAUGCGUGAAUGGUCUUUCUAACACUUGUUAUAAGAGUGCCUCACUUCUCACUGACUGUAAAAGGGUUUCCUUGCCUAUUGCUCAUACCUUCUUUGAGAAUGAUAGAUCAGCCUCCUUCACCUUUGUUCUCACUGGAUGGAAAAGGGUUUUUUGUCUGUAGUUUAGACCUUUGUGAAUUUUAGCACAGCCAAAUUCAGUUGAUAUCCCAUAUUCCUCCUUGUCAUGCUAAGAACUGGAGGUUGUAGCUGCAGAACAUAAGUUGGGAAAACACUGAAAGCCAUUUUGCUAACGAUUUAUGCCUAGAAGACUUAUUUUUACAGUAACAAAAAGAGCGUUGAGUUAUGAUAUUUGGUAUACAUGCCUUAUUUCAUUUUUAUUUCAAGUCUUUCAUUAGCUUACAUGAAAGGGAAAAGUUUUCUAACAUUUUAUGGUUGUCAAAUAAAAAGCAAUGUACAUAUCCUAUGAAAUACCAUAGUGAUAUGCAUAUUUUACAUUCCUACAUUACCAGAAAAAAAAAGUUUCUGGUGAGUUACUUUGGCAACCUUUAGCAUCAUAAGUAAAGUUGUGGGCAUUUACUAAUGAAGCCCAACUAAGCUGGUAUACUUUUUAACUUUAACAAAUCAAUAAGGAGGCAUUAAAUGAGCAGAGAAAUGGAUUAUAAGGCUAAGGUUAAUGCCAAUGAAGGUAGAGUGCUCUAAGGCUGAAGUACUGAGCAUAAUGGUUCAUCUAGCUUCUCUAAGUAUAGAGGUAGGGCAUCCUGACUUUGAAGGGAGGAAUGUAUGUUAUCUAUUGACAUUUCAUUUCUGUGACUUGCUUAAGUCUUUUUGUGGUGUUGAUUGUUCAGUACUUGAGUACUAACAUAUAUUUGCUAUUUGCUUGAGUUACCUAAGAUCUUUUGUUUCUUCAAGUGCAGUGAUAUAGUAAACACUAAAAAUGCUACUCCCAGAAUAAGUUCUCUGGCUUAAAAAUAUCUUACCAUUAUAUUGUAUUCACAAUAGUAUUGUACUCUUAAUUGUUUACAGGUCUUGGUUCAAUCUUUUUUAAGUUUCAUGUGAAAUUAGCAAGUCAGUUCUGUUCUUGAUUGCUGUUAACUGUACUUGCCAGUACCAAGUGACAGCAGUUUUAAUGUUAUGUAAACCAGUUAUCUAAUCACCAUUGGAGUCUUAGCUUGCAUCCUUUUUGUUGAAAAUAUGUUGUUGUAAUACUUUUUGUUACUGUACAGCUUUUUUCCAAGUGCAAUAAGUUGCACACUGAAUGGCAGAGACUUUAGUUAUCUUUUCCUUUUGUUGUUAAAAGUGCAGUGCUAAGAUCUUAGAAUUCAUACUAAAUUGUGGACAUUUAAAACAGUACAGAAGUUACUCAUGUAUUUUCACUUCUAAGACAGGUUUGGCAGGACAUCUUACUUACCUUGCUCUACAAAGAAAUGUCGAUGGUUUGUUCAUUCUGACUGAUUUGACCAAGAAAUACCAAAGUACAUUCCAGAAGCAUCUGGCUUUAUACACAUCCAUUGUGAAAUACAGUUUAUAUCCAGUAAUCCAACAGGGUGUCUAUGUACAUUAUGUUUCUACUCACUACUCCCGCAGGGUGACUCUACUUGUAUUUUCUGUAGCGGUGAAAGAAGAGUAUAUAGAGAGACUACUGUAUAAAAGUAUUUUUGAAAAGGUAGGCUUCAAAUGAAAGGGUAUUUUAUGACAUUGCCUCUAAAAGUGGAUUGAUUAACAUUGAUUUACAUUGUAGUAUUCUGUAAGAGAAAGUUUGUUCAGUUACAGUGUUAACUAUUGUAAUUCAUAAUAGUCUUGAGGCAUUAUAAUGUGAAAUGCUUUCCGAUAACUUUAUGUAUAGGUAUAUAAUCUCAAUUUCUGUAUACUGUAUUUUAAUUUGGUUAUCUAAUGUAGUACAGUAAUUUUAUACAAACCAGUCUGUACAAUACUGGCAGACUUUAUGCAAAAUUACUAAUAUUUCCUCUGGUGGUUAUAGUUUGUUCAGGUGAUGAAUCAAAUUGAAAUAAUGUACAGUAAUUUAAUUACAAAAUAAAAUUACGUACUAUUAAGUUUAAAACAGGGCAAAUUCUCAUAGUCUAUUAGAGUACCUCAUCCACUACCUUAUUGUCUGGAGAUCUUACCCUCUGUCCUUCAGCCUUCCAACUUCUUAGCUUUUCCCCUCUUUAUUUCAGCCAUUUUCUUUGGUCUCUUCCUCUUUAGCCAUUAAACUUAAACUUAAACCACGAAUUGAUCCAGUUCAAUGACAAAUCCUUCAGAGCAGGAUGACACAAUGUCCUGCCUUCAUUUGAAGGAAAAAAAGAAGGAUUGUGACAUACUAGUACUAGAUGCAUACGUACAUAAUCUUUUCUUAUUCAUUCUGUUUUGAUUAUGGGCUAUUGCCUUUCUACAUUGUCUCCAAAAUCUAAAUUUAACACGCCCAUUAUGUGCCUCCAUCCUCAUCAUACCUUCAUAUCCUAAAGGCAUAUCUUGAUCUCUUUUCAUAACUUCAUGUUGCAACUGCUGUACAUAUCUUAGACUCAUAUCUUCAUAUUUCUACUGCAUAUCUUGAGCUGCCUCAUAUCUUCAUGUCCCUACUACUGAGCUUACCUUAGGUUGUUACAUAUGUUUCAAUUCUUGCAACAUGUAUUGAAAUUUUGGACAUAACAUCUUCAUAUAUAUAUCUACAACUCAUCUUGAGGUGUUUCAUGUCUUCACACUCUUACUAUACUGAACAUAUCUUAGACUGCCUUGUAUACCUUUAAAUCUCUACAUCAUACCCUCAAUUGUCUCAUGUCUCCAGGUUACCAAAAUCACAUAAAUAUGACCAUUCCAUUUUUUAUACAUUCAACUUCCCUGCCAGAUAUAUACUUAGCUAUAGACUCCGUCGUCUCCGACAGAAUUUCAA